AUGGCGCCAUUCCUGUCGUGGACACCUUCGAAGGCGCAGGCCUUCGACGUUGUUGUCCCUGUGGGGACCAAUCCGGAGACCGUCGCCGACGUGACGGCCUCAAUAGUUGGCUUCUCAGAGGAGGCAGACAUCGCUCCCGGGCCAUUGGUGGUGACUGCCCAGCGCGUGUCAGUGGCCGACCCAACAGUGCCCUACUCGUACGAGGAGAUGGUCAUCCUAGGAGGGAGGCCCAAGCAAUUCAGCAACAACCUCUUCAGCAUCGCGCUCACGUUUUCACCGAUGGUCUGGAUGUUGAUCGUUACCAGCCUUCUGGCUUGUGGUUUGCUACAUUACAUCAUCGAAAGAGCCUUGAGAUCCGGCUCAGAGAAAUCUCGCCACCUGGGAUACUUCAUCUGGCAUUUCGUCACCAGCGUUCUUUCGGAGACCGUGCCCUGCUGGAGCAAGCCAAACCCCGUCAGCCAGCGUGUCGUGACGUGCUUUUGGCUGAUAAGCGUCAUCCUGGUCACCACUUUCUUUACGGCGUUCAUGAAAGCCAGUCUUCUGGUCAAGCAAGAUGUCGAACGAAUCUGGGACAUAGAGGACCUGGCACGGGAGGAGAAGAUAAGACCGGUGUUGCUGCGUGGGUCUGGAUUCUACCAGGCUAUAAAGUUCACACACGUGGAGGCGUUCCAGAAGGUCUACCGACGUCUGGUGGAGCAGGGUGGCGCACUGCCUGCCGCAGAGCUGUUCAGCUUGUCGACGCUGCAAGAUAUCCAAGCCGAGCGUGCAGCAAUGCUCUUCACACGUGUGGCCAUCAAUCGACGGCUUCACCGUCACUGCCCGAUGCUGCACGGCGAGUUCUACUAUGCCCGGCAUCCGGUCACCCAGGUGCCUAUGGCCAUGUUCGUGCGGAAGGGACUGCCCAGGGCCGUACGACGUACGCUGGACGCCAAGCUAGGCCAGAUGCGUGAGGGUGGCCUGCUGGACAAGUGGCUGGCCGAGAUCUCCGCUCCGGGCUGUGAGUCCGUCGUGGCGCAAGCGUCGUCAUCGGAGACGGAGUCAGACGAGGGAGAGGCAUCCGCCAGCCUGGAACACUCCCUUGCAACGUUUCUCUUGCUAGGCCUCGGCAUAGGCCUCGCCACCGUAGUGUUGCUCCUCGAGAACCUCGCCCACUUCCUGGAUGCUAGAAAGCUGCAUGCGGAGAGGCUGCGGCGGCGCUGGAUAAAGGCUGCGCCGCGCUAGAGUAGAGGCAAUAGAAUGAAGCCGUAGGAAGUUCGAGGCUGUGUUACGUAGGGUCGGCGUGAGGGGUUUCCCAUACAUUACAGCGACCUUCCCUGUACACCCCCUCCUCCUCAAACUCCUGUAGUCUUAGUGCCCUAAUUAGGGAAAGGAUCAGAGACAGAGAGACAAAGCCAAAUGCGCUUUUUUUAGCAUUACAGAUCGCACGCGUGAGAAGAGAAAUAAAUCAUGGAGACUUCAGA